AUGUUCUUCCUUUACAAUAUGGAGCGCAGGGUCACCCUGCACCCUUCGUACUUUGGGCGCAACAUGCACGAGCUGGUCACGAGCAAGCUGCUGAAGGACGUCGAGGGAACCUGCGCCGGCAGCUACUACAUCAUUUCCAUCAUGGACACCUUCGAUAUAUCUGAGGGUCGCAUUCUUCCGGGCAGCGGUCUGGCCGAGUUCACCGUGGGCUAUCGCGCGGUCGUGUGGAGGCCCUUCAAGGGCGAGACGGUUGACGCCGUGGUUUACUCGGUCAACCACCAGGGCUUCUUCGCCCAGGCAGGACCCUUGCGCCUCUUCGUGUCGGCUCAUCUGAUCCCCUCUGAGAUCAAGUGGGAUCCCAAUGCCACGCCGCCACAAUUCACCAACAAUGAGGACACCAUCAUUGAGCCUGGCACGCAUGUGCGCGUCAAGGUUAUUGGUACGAGAACGGAAGUCGGUGAGAUGUGGGCCAUUGGCAGUAUCAAGGAGGACUACCUUGGGAUUAGAAACCUUGAAAAGACGAAUGGAUCCAAGAGGCUUUGGCCCCGCGCCACUGGGCCGUGCAGUUCUCCAUUGUAUAUGGCGGUACUGCUCCCACUGCUGGAAGCCAAGCCAAUACGUCUGGACCCGUUUGCCGACCGUGUUGGAGGACAUCCUUUGCUGCCAUGGCAAGAAGUCUUGCUCAUCAGCGAAGAGGAGGCCGUGGCUGCAAGAAGGCCGGGCUUCGGCAGAACCGCCACGAGAACCACUCGCGGACCCGUUUUCUGCAAAAUUGAGCCGCUUAUGAGAAAAGCAAAAGAUAGACAAAAGUUUGGGGGCAAGAGGGGCGUACACAUGCCCCAUUCAAAGAGAGAGCGCGCCAUUGAAAAGAAUGUCGACGCAAGGCAUCGGUUUGCGUCUUCACAGCUGUACACUAACUUUCUCACAUUCUACGAAAUGAAAAGCAAGCCAUGA